GCAGCCAAUCAGCUUUUAAGUUUUUGUUUUCUAAGCUUUACAGCAAAAAAAAAAAUAUAGAAGCUGAUUAGUUUCCAUGACACCAUUUGAGGCAGAACUUGUCUCAGACACUUUGUAUUAAUGACCUUAAAUAUUUGCACAUUAACCUCCCUGGCGGUAUUCCCGAGUGUAGCUCGGGGUAAAGUUUCAGUACCAAAAGCGGUAACCCUGAGCUACACUCGGGCUUACCAUGCGGCGCUGCUCCAGGAUCCCUCGAUCACUUACCUUGUCCUGCGCUCCCGUGAUGUCCCUCCUGUAGUGUACCCAGCAAUGUAAUCUGUUGGAUGCCGUCAUCUGGGUUCUGUCCCCUGCAAGCGUCGGGACGUACGGGGGACGGAAUGGCAGGAAAUUUGAAAAUGACAAAAAGUGACAUUUACUAAAUACACUAA